AUGCCCAAGCGUGAAGCUACCCCAGAGCCUGGUGAAGAUGAACCAAAGUACUUUACCGUCGUCAAUCCCUGGCCACAGAAUGCAGACAUGGAGAUCAUUGGAGACUUUAUCCGCUGCUGUCGAUGGCUUGCAAGUGCUAUCGGUGACCCGGAGCUUUUGCUAGCCUUGUUCCACAAGCCGAGCUCUCCGCGCAUUAUUAUUAUCGAGGUCUCUCGCCAGUAUGAAGCCCCCACGCACAAGACAUCAAGCACUUACCAACGCAUUAUUGGGAAACACUCGUGGGUCGGCUCUGAGGGCAUGCUCACCAACCCUGCUGGGUAUAACGAGAGAAACUGUUCCUCUAUCUUUUACAGUUGCUUCUCGACAGGCAGAGAGGUCGAAAAGAAUGGGUGGAAGCGAAAAUGGGUAGAAGAGCAUCAUCUUGGGGAUCCGAAACAUCCUGACCCCACAUUCAAAAUACCAUAUCCUAAGACGACCUACAUUGAAACCCCAGUAUUGGAGCCGAUUGCCCGUACACUUUGCCGUCCAUUGCCAAGGAGCGAGUUUGACCAACUGGAGCUUCCGGUGGUGAUUGCUGCCCCUACGGCUCCUGUUGGAUCAAGUACUUGGGCCGCUAUCAGAAAGCAAAAAUCUGCGUCCAGCAGUAGGUCAGCUGCGCAUCCUUCACAAGGGACUUCAGAUGUCUACUUCGAGCCAACAGAACCACCAAUUUCAGAGUCAACGGAUACUUCGAUGAACUUGUGGGCAGUGGGCGAAGGUGGGGCUCCAGUGGGGCUCAUGAGCGAUCUCGCUCAAAUGUCUAUCACUGGCGAAGAUGAUGAGGGCGUUUGUCCCUUUCAUGGGACAUCGUGCAGAAAAAUGUGUGAAUGGCGCACCGAAUACGAAAAACGCCGUGGGCCAAAAGAAGGUGGCCCUUCCAAUAUUAAGAAUUAUGGCAGAAAGAAUAAUGGGAGAGGGGCCUCAAUACCCAAUAAUGGACGUAAACACGGCCAGCCAGUUCCUCCCAACAUUACAGUCAGAGGUGGAUACAACGUGACUGCAGCCAGAGUAUCUGCAAGAGCCCCUCCCCCUCCAGCACAUAUCCUCGCCGGUCGUAGUGGAACACAGCCGCCUAUCAGUCCGGUAUCUGGUAACACCCCGUCACUCGAAGGCAUGGCCAAUGGUUCAAUUUCAGCCACGCCAUCUGCUCCUAUCCGCGGCGCUCCCGCUUGGUCCUCUCGUGGUCGUGGUCGUGGCCGCGCUGUCUGA